AUGAGAUUUCUAUGGUCUAUUCUUGUCCUCCUGCUGGUAGUCCUUGUGAGCGCCGGCGAUGAGGCCGCUUUGCUUACUUCCAAAGCACGGCUCAGCAAUGGCGGCUCGCUGGCCUCCUGGAACAGCAGCUCUGGCUUCUGCAGCUGGGAAGGGGUGACGUGCGGCCACCGCACACCGGCGCGGGUGGUGGCACUGAGAUUGAGGGGCGCCGGGCUCGUGGGAGCACUCUCCCCAGCCAUCGGGAACCUCACGUUCCUACGGACGCUUGACCUAAGCACCAACUCGCUACACGGGGACAUUCCAGCGAGCCUCGGCCGGCUCCGCCGCCUGCAAUUGCUCUACUUGAGUGACAACUCCUUCUCCGGCACAUUUCCAGUGAACCUGAGCUCCUGUGUCAGCAUGUCCAGAAUGACACUCGACAACAACACGCUUGGCGGGCGCAUCCCGGCUGAGCUCGGUGAGAAGAUCACGUACCUGGCACUGAUCACGCUGAGAAACAACAGCUUCACAGGGACCAUCCCGGCAUCACUGGCCAAUCAGUUCCUCGACCUCAGUAAUAACCAGCCUACUCGCUCGAUCCCACCGGAGCUCAGUAGCAUACAAGGCAUGCCAUAUUUUGCCCUCUCCGUAAAUCUCAUCACUGGUAUGCUCCCUCCCUCUCUCUUCAACUGGUCAUCCCUGGAAGCAUUUGCUGUGGGGUCUAAUAUGCUAUAUGGAAGAAUUCCAGAUGACAUCGGUAACAAUUUCCCCAAGUUGAAAGUUUUAAGCUUUCCUAUCAAUCAGUUCACUGGAGUCCUCCCUUCAUCAAUAUCCAAUAUGUCGAGCGCUGAGGCAGAGUACCGGGCCGUUGCCCACGUCGUUGCAGAGACCGCUUGGUUAUGCCAGUUGUUGCAGGAGCUCCAUCAGCCUAUCGCCAAGUCCAUGGUGGUGUAUUGUGAUAAUGUCUCUGCUGUGUACAUGUCCGCUAAUCCAGUGCAGCAUCGACGCACGAAACACAUUGAGACCGACAUUCAUUUUGUGCGGGACAAAGUUUCUCUCGGGGAAAUUCGUGUGCUUCACGUCCCUACAACCUCUCAGCACGCGGACAUCUUCACGAAUGGACAACCUACUGCUACUUUCACUCAGUUCCGGUCCAGUCUCAAUGCUCAGCAAGCCCACAUUGAGACUGCGGGGGGCUGUUAG